UGGUUUUUCUUCAUAAAUAGCUUUCACUUUACGUAAUUUCACGUAAUGAAAUCUGUAGGAAAAUUUCAUCUGACAAAUAUUCCUUUAAGCUCGCUAGCGAAUAAAAUACCCCGAAUAUAUAAUUUUUUCAAGUUUCCAAUUUAUGUAGGUAGAAUUUGAGUGAGAACUGGUGAGAUUCAGGGUAGAAAUAAUGGAAGAUACUUGACAUGUUUCUAAGAAUGUAUAACAGAGGAAGGCUCAAACUGCGAUUAAAAAAUCCCUAUCAAUGUCGUUAUCGAAAGAAAAGUUUGAACAGAGUUGACCCCCUCAAGAACCUUAGUUUAAAAUGACUCUCAUCAUGCCAAGGGAUGCUGUCGCUAGAGUAAUGGUCGCCUUCCUCAUCAGUGGGUGUGCCCUUCUGGUCAUCACAGGAAAUCGUACACGACCUGACAAAUCGAAAAGUUUGCUGAGCCGCAGUUUGACCGAUGAUAGCUUGCAUGAAAGAAACACAAAACGUCUAUGGCAACUCAGAGAUGCUGCUUCUUCGUGUCAAUGCCGGUCUCUCUUCACCAUUGGAGCCUGCGGUCUUGAAGAAGUUGAAAUGAUGAAGCCGAAAGAUCACAUAUGGCGAUCAGCUCUGCGUUCGAUGGCAGGCAUAAGAAAAAACCCUAAAGGCGAAAGUUACGUGGAUGCCCUGAAAACUCUCAGUCGAUACCGGCCGCAAAAUUUCAGGGUAGAGAUGGGCACCAAUAAAACGUCACGUACGGCAGAAAUCACACACCCUGAUGCUCAGUUACCAUUCACUCGGUGCUCAGAGCACAAAUAUUCUCCCAGUGAUAUCAGAAGCUGUCUGGAAAAUAUAAAAAACAAGACUGGUGAAUCAUUAAAAAUUGUGUUCAUGGGUGACUCGCGAGCACGCUAUUUAAUGAAGUAUUUUUUCAAAUCGAUCGAGCUAUCAAUUGAUAAGGAUUUCAUCAACGGGAAAAAAUUGAGGGAACUUUACUCGAUUAGAAUUAGGAAUGACUGGAACAUAUCAUUUGCUACCGUCCAAUCGUCCCUUGUUUGGGCUCCAUAUUUGGACGAGUUCCAGCUGGCCUCAGAGACUCUGAGGUCCUGGUGCUCCGAUUCUGCAAUGUUAAAAGAUCUUCCAGACAUCUUGCUGGUCAGUUACGGAACCUGGCCUGCAAAUUUUAAGGGCAAUCUAUUGGCAUUCGCAGAUUCGUUUCACGCUGUCCAGUUAUUUAAAGAUUGUUUCACUAAAAUUUCAGAGAAGUCCAUAGUGCUGUGGCUGAUGCCCGAGCCUGUGAAAACCAAACAUUCAGUAAUUGGAGGAACAAAGAAUGCCCAACUAGACUUUAUGCACGAUAUUGUAUGGUAUUUUUUUCGUAAUUCCAAUGUGAUAAUAUGGGACACCAGAGAAGUUUUGGCCAUCAUGGAGAUCAUAGAAUGCUCUGAACUUGGUAGUGCUGGUUAUAGGUUCAAUUCUCCAGAAGACUGGAACUGCUGGGACGAGCACCAUAUGGGAUCUUGGGCCAACUUGAGAUCUGCCAAAAUGAUUCUUAAUUUUAUUUGUGGUAACGUCAGAGGCAAGAAUGACGACCAAUAUUGUUGUAAUUAAUUUGAGGAAUUUUCCGCUUUCUCGAAGGGGUCGCCAGCUUCCACCAGUCACAAUGUAAGGGAUAGAAACCGUUGUUAUUUACUAAAGGAAUAUUAAUUGUACAAGUUAUUUAGAGUCCGGAAUUUUGAAUUGUCACUUUAGUUUAGAGUUUGCUGAAACCUAAGUGCGGAAAGAUGAGGUGAUAGGAUUAUUGUGCCGCGGAAAUCCGGAGCUGAGGUAUGUGCUGCGUGAGGAUGGCAAUAUGUAAAUAUAUAUGUGAAUGGAUUUGAUGCGGAGUAGAUUUGUGAAUAUUUAGGGUUUGAAUGUAAAUGUUUGUUUACUAUCAGUUAUUUAUCUACUUCUAUUUGGUACUUUUAGGAAAGCCUCAAAUGUCGAAACUGAAUCUCAAAUGUCAAGAUUCAAAGCUUGAAUCCGAGAAGCAACUUCAGAGUAAAGCAUGCCA